AUGCGUGGAGGCGGGGGCACUGCGGGUGCUGCUGCUGCUCCUCUGCUUCUCCCGCAGCAAUUUGUCGAGCCGUUACCAAAUGCACCGGUUGAGAUAAGUGCGCUGCGCUACGGUCUUCUCUCUCGCCGCGACAUUCACCGUCUCUCUGUUCUCCCCUGUCGCCGCGUCAUUGGGGCGGUGAAGGAGUACGGCGUGAACGAUGCCCACCUCGGUGUGUGCGACCGUAUGUCCGUCUGCGCGACGUGUGGGCUGCGCAGCAUGGAGUGCGUCGGUCACCCCGGUCACAUCGACCUCGAAGCGCCCGUCUUUCACCUUGGCUUCUUCUCGACCAUUUUGCGCAUCUGUCGUACUAUCUGCAAGCGCUGCUCCCAUGUGCUCUUGGACGAUGCGGAAAUUGAAUAUUAUAAACGGCGGCUUUCGUCCACGAAACUAGAGCCCCUGCAACGUGCAGCGCUUAUUAAAGCCGUGCAAACAGAUGCCUACAAAACACGCGUCUGUCUCAAGUGCGGUGGGCUGAAUGGUGUGGUGCGGCGCGUGCGCCCGCUGCGGCUUGUGCACGAGAAGUACAGAGUCGAUCUCCGUCGCGGGGAAGAGUCGGUUGAGAGUCCAGAGACAUUCUUUGACAGCGAGCUUCGCACGGCGUGUGCAUACAACAAGGUCGUGGAGGAGAGCAAAGACCAUGUGCACGACUUUCUUGACCCAGCACGGGUACGGCAGCUGUUCCUCGCGGUUCCACCAGACGAAGUUUUGCUGCUGGGCCUGCUACCCGGUGCAAGUCCCGUCGACCUUCUUGUGACGACGCUGCUGGUACCCCCUGUCCCGGCGCGGCCGCGCGGCACAGCAGGUACCGCGACAGUGCGCGAGGACGACCUCACGGCGCAGUACAACGACAUUCUCGUCAGCUCCGACACGCUGCAGGACGGAUCCCUCGACGCCACCAAGUACACAGAGACCUGGGAGAUGCUGCAGAUGCGUGUGGCGCGGCUGCUCGACUCUGCCCUGCCAGGAUUUCCACCGCACAUGCGCACCGCCGACAUGAAGUCGUACGCACAACGCCUCAAGGGUAAGCAUGGCAGGUUCCGUGGGAACCUAAGCGGAAAACGUGUGGACUUUUCCGGCCGCUCUGUCAUUUCCCCUGACCCGAAUCUUGACGUGGAUGAGCUGGCUGUGCCGCUACGCGUGGCCCGGGUGCUGACGUACCCUCAACGCGUCUUCAAGUCAAACUUGGAUCUCAUGCGCCGUCUCGUGCGUAAUGGGCCUCGUGUGCACCCGGGAGCCGUCACGGUAUUCCUUGCGCAGGAGGGAUCGAGGAAAUCACUCAACAACGAACGUGAUCGCGAGGCAUUGUCAGCGCGAUUGGCCGUUGGUGACAUUGUUGAGCGGCAUGUGAUGAACGGUGACGUAAUUCUGUUUAAUCGUCAGCCGUCGCUGCAUCGUAUUUCCAUGAUGGCUCACCGCGCACGUGUUUUACCAUUCCGUACAUUCCGUUUCAACGAGUGCUGCUGUGCCCCGUAUAACGCGGACUUUGAUGGCGAUGAGAUGAAUGUUCACCUUGUGCAGACGGAGGAGGCUCGGGCAGAAGCCUUCCAGUUGAUGUCAACUGCCAAAAACAUCAUCACAGCAAAGAAUGGCGAGCCUAUUAUCGCAUGCACACAGGACUUUCUUGCCGCAGCGUACCUUGUGACAGCACGUGAUGUCUUCUUUGAUCGUUCACAAAUGUCGCAGAUGGUGUCUUACUGGCUCGGUCCGGUGACGCAAUUCCGUCUGCCGGUGCCGGCGAUUCUCAAGCCAGCAGAGCUGUGGACUGGCAAGCAGCUGUUCGAGCUCAUUCUGCGUCCCUCACCGGGCAUUGACGUUCUGCUUAACCUGGAGGCCACAGCGAAGUUCUACAGCAAGCGCGACAAGUACGACUGUUCUGCGGAGGGCUAUGUGGCAUUCCUUGACUCCUGCUUCAUUUCGGGCCGUCUCGACAAGAAGUUGCUAGGUGGUGGCGCUAAAGACGGACUCUUUGCGCGGUUGCACACGCUGGCUGGCGGCGCCUACACUGCCCGCAUUAUGUCCCGCAUCGCACAGUUCACGUCACGUUACCUGUCGAACUAUGGCUUCAGCCUUGGCCUCGGCGAUGUUGCACCGACGCCGCAGCUGAACGAGCAGAAGGCUGCCGUGCUCGCCCGCUCUUUUGAGAAGUGCAACCAACUGAUCGAGGCGGCCAAGACGGGGCGUAUGGAGCCACUACCCGGUCUUACCGUACGACAAUCACUAGAGGCCCGCCUUAACGCGGAACUGUCAAAGGUGCGUGACGAAUGUGGUACAGCGGCUGUUGAGACGCUCUCCGUGGACACGAACACACCGCUCAUGAUGGUGCAGUCUGGCAGUAAGGGAAGUGCGCUGAAUAUUGCUCAGAUGAUGGCCUGUGUGGGUCAGCAAACUGUGAGUGGAAAGCGUAUUUUGAAUGCAUUCCAGGGCCGAUCGCUGCCGCAUUUCUACCGUGCUGAAGAGGCCCCAAAUGCGCGUGGCUUCGUAGCAAACUCGUUCUACUCGGGUUUAACGCCAACAGAAUUCUUUUUCCACACAAUGGCUGGGCGUGAGGGACUUGUCGAUACAGCUGUCAAGACAGCCGAGACUGGCUAUAUCUACCGCCGUCUCAUGAAGGCGAUGGAGAACCUCAGCGUGCGGUAUGACGGAACGGUACGUAACACAAAGGGUGAUGUGGUGCAGCUCAAGUUUGGCGAGGAUGGGCUAGAUCCGCAGCUCAUGGAAGGUGUUAAUGGCACUCCGUUGAACCUGGAUCAGGAGUGGCUCAGUGUUCGUGCAGCGUACGCGAGGUGGCUUGUUGAGGAGCGUGGAAGCAGCAACGAGAGUAGCGGUGGCCACAAUAGCCGACGCGACAAGAAGCGAGCAAAUCAGGUGGACGACGAAAAUGAUGAGGCCAUCUCGCUGCUCCCCACAGAAGUACUAUCUUUUGUCAGGGCGUGCUUGGACGGUGCACCAGCUGUGUUAGCGACUUGUGAGCGGCAGGAGAAGCAGGAAGACUUGAGGAGAAAGCUACGAGGGGUGCAGGGGGGAGAAGGGAAGUUGGGCGAAGAGCAACAUAAACGGGCACGACGUGCGGCGCUCAUUGCCAACCUUGCAGGUGUGAGUAGCAUGAAGUUUAAGGAGGACGUUGAGAAAUUUUUUUCAAGAAAAGUGAAGGAACAAGAGCGGAUACGUACUUUGCUGGAGCUCUCCUCCACCUCUCGAAAGCGACACAGAACAACUACACACACUGCUGAUGAAUCUACCUCAAAAGAAGAUAGUCCUGCUGAGCUGCGACUCCUGGAGACACUUCAGACGGAGUUGCUGCCGCUCACACGGGGUAUGGUGGCACGCUUCCUGGCGCAGUGUGGUAGCAAAUACCUUCGCAAGGCAUGUGAGCCAGGUACCCCAUGUGGGGCUAUUGCGGCACAGUCGGUCGGUGAGCCGAGUACCCAGAUGACGCUGCGUACCUUCCACUUUGCUGGUGUCGCAAGUAUGAGUAUCACACAAGGUGUGCCGCGACUCGUUGAGAUUAUUAAUGCGAACCGCAACAUCGCGACACCAGUCGUCACGGCUCCAGUGCGACGGUUGCGGCUUCCUCAGGCGAAGAAUGGGUCACACAACGAAGAAACAUUUGUAGAAGAGUCAUCAGAAGCAUUUGAACAACGCGUACGUGGUGUGAAGGCGCAGGUGGAGCGGGUGUUGUUGAAAGAGGUGACAUCGGAGAUUGUGGAGGUUUGCUCAGCCUCUGAGUUUUAUCUUCGUGUGCAUCUUAAUAUGUCUGUCAUUACAAAGUUGCGUCUGCCAAUUAACGCCGUCACGGUGCGACAACGCAUUCUCGCUGCUGCGGCGCGGCCCAUGUCGCCUUUGCGUUUGUUGCGGGAGGACUGUGUAGAGGUAAUGAGCCUUGAUACCCUCGCUGUGUACCCAUAUUUCCUAGAGCCGCAGCGCGUGCACUUCAGCCUUCGCAACCUCCUCACGUUGCUCCCUGACGUUGUGGUAGGUGGAAUCGCUGGCAUCAACCGCGCGAUGAUUUCCUCCAGCGGGGCGGAGGUGCUCGCGGAGGGGGCGGAGCUUCGGGCGGUGAUGAAUCUUCCCGACGUGGAGUCGACACACGUCGUCUGCAACCACGUCGCGGUGGUGGAGCGCGUCCUCGGCAUUGAGGCGGCGCGGCAGGUGAUAGUAAGCGAGAUCCAGGGCAUCCUGCAGGCGUACAGCCUCAGCAUCGAUGUGCGGCACGUGUACCUGCUUGCUGACCUCAUGACGCAGCGCGGAUCGGUGCUCGGCAUCACACGCUACGGCAUUCAGAAGAUGAACUUCAACGUGCUUACAAUGGCGUCUUUCGAGCGUACAACUGACCACCUCUACAGCGCCGGUGCGACGCAGCGGGUCGACGAGAACCUCAGUGUGUCCGAGAGCAUUAUCGUAGGCAAACCGGUCCCGCUCGGCACAACAUCCUUCAGUCUCCUCCUAGACCGCUGCGACGCCUCGGUCACUGCCCCUUCGGGCUCUGCUGUGGGCCGCGUGAAGCGUGCGCUUGACGACCGCUUUGGUGACAGCAGCAGCAACAACUACAGUGUGCGUCACACGCGUGCGGCGCCGCUCGCGGCGAGUGGAACGUUCCGCCUUGAUCUCUUUUAG